AUGAGACACACCUACCAGUCCUCUAACCUGCCUUUCCAUCAGAUGUAUAGUGGAGUACUUGUCGGACAAAAUCCGAAUUCUAAGGGCCGGUGCCUGGGGUUGGGCUCAUACGACGAGCUCGAGUCCCAUGGAAUCGACUUCAUGGCUAUACUGAAAGAUGUGGAACGGGAGGCCGAACACGACAAACAGACCCCAACCCCUAAAGAGACACUCCUGACGCAGUCGAUCAACGACAGGGUCCGGAGGCACUCCCGGAGCACAUCUGUGGCUCAGACCGAGAACUUCGAAGUCUCCGACAUUAUGGGCGAUGACGAGGACUACUCGCAUGAGCCCAGGAUUCAGAAGGAGAACCGGGAGGUGGGUUCUAUCGGGGGGCACGUCUACUAUGAAUACUUUAAAGCCGGCGCCGGACCCAUACUGUUCACGAUUACCCUGUUGUCAACAUUGAUAUCUCACGGUAUAUUACAUUACUCCGAUAUAUGGCUAACUAAAUGGACUGACAAAAAUCAAAUAGCUAGUGCAAUUGACCAUGAUACACGAAAUUAUUACGUCUACAUCUAUUUGGGACUCAUUGGGGCCCUGUUUGUGACGGCCCUAAUACGGUUGACCACGUGGUUCGUGAUGUGUAUGCGGGCGUCCGUUAAUCUACACAACAGUAUAUUCGCGCGUCUAUUACGGGCGUCGAUAGCCGUGUUUGACAACAACCCCGUCGGUCAAAUGCUAAACAGAUUCUCGAAAGACAUGGGGAUUGUCGACGAAAUGCUUCCCACCACUGGUUAUGACUUUAAUUUUACGCUGUUUGAAACGAUUGGUAUUAUAAUAACGGUGGCCACUGUCAACGUUUAUCUAAUCAUCCCGGGUAUUUUCUUAAUUAUUCUUAUGGUGAUUGUGAGGGGCAUAUACAUGAAAUCGGCCAGGGAUAUCAAACGUUUUGAGGGGAUAACGAGAAGUCCAGUGUUUACUCACGUGAGCACAACCCUCAAUGGGUUGGACAGUGUGCGGGCCUAUGGGGCGCAGGAGGCCUUUGAGCACCAGUACUAUAUCUACCAAAAUGACCAUACUGCCACCUGGUUCCUAUUUGUCUGUGCAUCCCGAACCCUGUGUCUCAUUACGGACUGUAUAUGUGUUGCAUAUUUAGUGGCCAUAGCCGUCGUGAUGAUGGUCUUCCCCGAACAGAUUGGGAACGGCGGUAGUGCCGGACUGGCCCUCUCGACAGCCCUAAUGAUGACGGGAGAGACUCAAUGGGGAGUCAAACAGUCGACUGAAUUUGAAAGUCAGAUGACUUCAGUCGAGCGUAUCAUUGAAUACCAGAGACUACCACAGGAAGCGCCGUUAGACUCGGAUGACACACACCGACCACCACCUGACUGGCCAUCGAAGGGUGCGAUAGAGCUGAGGAAUAUGUUUCUGGUAUACGAGGGCUCAACCAAACCGGUGCUGAAGAACCUGUGCUGUAGUGUGAAGAGUGGCGAGAAGAUAGGUAUAGUCGGACGUACCGGUGCCGGCAAG